UGAUUGUCUCCCUGGUGCAGCAGUGGCCUGUUUUCCUCCCCCUGUUGUGUGUUUUUAUUAUUUUCCCCCUGGCUUAGAUGUGUCAAUCAUUCUCUGCCUGCCAUUGGUUGGAGAGUUUGCGUCAAAAAGUUGCCAGAGCGGCUCUUUCUCAGCAAAUCUCCCUGAGAGAGGUAGAGACCUCAGCUCCAACUCACUCUCCACUGUUACUAAAAAGCAAAUCACUUGGCCAGAUCCUGCAACGGCCGCCGUUGAGCACUCUUUAUUUUGAAUUUGGCCAGGAUCAUUUGGUCCGUUUUUUUGCCCUCCCCCCGGCACACGCCCCCCUAGACGCUUCAAGACACCUGAUUUCAGCCAGCCCGCCGGGACCCCGACUCUCCGCUCCCGAGGGAAUCGAGACCUGCCGGGCCUUUCCCCCUUCCCCGGAUUUUUGGCCGACUCUCCUCCAAGCACAAUUUUAGCAUGAUGUCUUAUCUCAAGCAACCACCUUACGCAGUCAACGGGCUGAGUCUGACAACCUCGGGCAUGGACUUGCUUCAUCCUUCGGUGGGAUACCCGGCGACCCCUCGGAAGCAGCGGCGGGAGCGCACCACCUUCACCCGGGCGCAGCUGGACGUGCUGGAGGCGCUGUUCGCCAAGACCCGCUACCCGGACAUCUUCAUGCGCGAGGAAGUAGCUCUGAAAAUCAACCUGCCCGAGUCCAGGGUGCAGGUGUGGUUCAAGAACCGCCGGGCCAAGUGCCGCCAGCAGCAGCAGCAGCAGCAGAACGGGGGCCAGAACAAAGUGCGGCCGGCCAAGAAGAAGAGCUCCCCGGCCCGGGAAGUAAGUUCGGAGAGUGGGACCAGCGGGCCGUUCACUCCCCCCUCCAGCACCUCCGUCCCAGCCAUUUCCAGCAGCAGUGCUCCUGUGUCUAUCUGGAGCCCAGCUUCCAUCUCCCCACUCUCAGACCCACUGUCCACAUCCUCCUCUUGCAUGCAGCGAUCCUACCCCAUGACCUACACCCAGGCUUCAGGCUACAGCCAAGGAUACGCUGGCUCAACCUCCUACUUCGGGGGGAUGGACUGUGGAUCUUAUUUGACCCCGAUGCAUCACCAGCUUCCUGGACCAGGGGCCACACUCAGUCCUAUGGGCACCAAUGCAGUCACCAGCCAUCUCAACCAGUCUCCAGCUUCCCUCUCCACCCAGGGCUAUGGAGCAUCAAGCUUGGGCUUUAACUCAACCACCGACUGCUUGGAUUAUAAGGACCAAACCGCCUCCUGGAAGCUAAACUUCAAUGCUGACUGCUUGGAUUAUAAAGACCAGACAUCUUCAUGGAAGUUCCAGGUUUUGUGAAGGCCUGUAGGACCCCUUUGUUAUAAGAAUAAAUAUUAAUAAUAAUAAAUAAUAAUAUACACGCUGGGCUGAACAUUCCAGUUUUAGUCAGGUCUUGGUUAAAUUAAAGAGGAAAAAAAAAAGAAAGAAAAAAAAAAAAGAAAAAAGAGACAGUUGGUGUGAUCAUACCUAGAUUCACCUCCUGCC